UUAUUUUUAUGGCAGCUAACAGAGCUCGGAGAAAAUGCAGCCUUUCUCCUCAGCUUCUCAGUGUAUCCCAUGGCUUGUGGUCCUCAUCAUCGAAUGUCUAGCCAUUCUCAUCCUUAAUAUCAUCACCAUUGCUGUUUUUGUGAAGAAGAAGCGGCAGCUACAGCGGCGGAGUACACAUUUGAUCAUCCAUCUGGCGAUAGUCGAUCUCUUAGUGGGCGCAGUCUCUGGGCCGCUACAGAUUGAAAUCAGAGUAGUGAGGUUCUGUCCUCAAUGGAAUUACAGACGAGAGACUACUUGGUCUCGUCAUAUAUCUUUUGCAUUUGUACAUUUAUUCUCGUUCACUUCCCUUACAAAUCUUAUUGCUAUUUCUUUAGAACGGCUACACGCAACAUUUUGUCCAUUCAGGCAUCGCUUUGUGAGGAAAUGGGUUCAUAGAGCUAUAAUUAUUGUCAUUUGGUUAAUACCUAUAGUUAGAGAAGCUGCUCAAAUUUUUUUAUGGGAAAUUGUUGAUGUAGUGGUAAUUGCUACUUACUUGUAUAUCUUAUUUUAUGCAGUUUCCUUAUUUUCUAUCUGUGUAUCUUACAUCCUCAUUAUUAUCAAAGUACGAUGUAGUCGUCAUCCUCAAUUCCAUUCUAGGACCAAAAGAGAAAGAAAACUGACGGGUACUGCGCUCAUCGUCUCACUUGUAUCUUUACUUUGUUUUCUACCAGGGAUGAUAUAUGCAGCGUGUCUUCACCUUUCCUUCACUUGUUUUAUGAAUUUUCAUAUUUAUAUGGCUGUGUUAGUUUUAUUUUUAGGCAAUUCACUUGUAAAUCCUAUAAUUUACUCUCUUCGGAUGCCAGGAUUCAGAGAAGGUUUAUUACAACUAGUGUACAGGGUCCCAGACCUUUCUGGUAUCGCCCCGGCAAACCUGCCACUUCGAAACCUUAGUAGAGCGUAGAUUGAUGGUAGGAAAACUAUAUAUAAAAGUUUUCUUUUAAAUAACUUAAACUUCUUAGCCGAGUAACAUGCAUUUCCAUUUCAUUUUUUGGUGAUAUGAGAGUAGACUCGAAGGAUAGAAACGGUACAAACAUCUAAAUGAUUAAAAUGAAGAGCGAUGCAUCUUGUCGCUUCUAGAAAACUACACAACGAUAUAAGUGGAACGAUUAGUGAGCUUCCGGUGAGUUGGGUUUUUCUUUGUGUGGAACGAAAAAAUCAUCGAGGAAUCUUGAAAUAGCCAGUAUAAAAAAAUCGGAAUUAUUAUGAGGAGAGAAUACUUUCUUUUCCCAUUGGAGUUACUCUUAAAUUAAGUAAAAAUUCACCGAUAGAUCUAAAGAAAUAAAUGUCACCGUGUUAUUCUAUUUU